AUGAACAAGGGUGUCAACACCCCAACCGAACCCACCAAUACACCGUAUAUUCCAUCCGAAGUCGAGGCCAAACAUUACCUCCACGGCCUCUAUUCCAAGCCUCGUUUUAUCGCUCGUUCAAGCACCGACAUAUGGACGAAGCUGACAGGGCUCGAAGUGUAUCUUGAACCAAAGGAGCUGUCUCCUCUCAGCCCACACCACCUCAGUGAGGUCUGGGAGGUCACUGUCAGUCUUGCCAUGGUUGAUUACCUGCUCAGGAACGAGGUGCAGUUCACAAUUCUGAACCCCCUCCGCAUCGGCGUAGCCAGCAAACCUUCUCCUCCCACUUUCAUCAUGAUAGGCAUCAACCAUGACACACUCUCUUCCCAAACUGGCAUUGAGGUGGCUGUCAAUUGCCGAUCUAUCCUUCUCCAAAAUCAGAUUGGAGAUGUUCACGUCUUGGUUUGCAAAUACAAGUACCAGCGCUCUGCAAUGAUGUACAAGCCUGCCAUCCGCACCGAUCCCGCCACCAUUCUCCACGAGCCCUUCUCAACUACCCUUGGCAUCCCAAUCUGUAACGCCAAGACGUCCAACUUCGAGGGCACUGGAGGCCUUCAUCAACUCUACCAAACCCCAGCAUCCUCUACCUCCUCACAGCGAGGCACAUUCUCUUCCAUCCUGACAAGAACACACUAUACAAAUUCCGUGAGGGCAGUGUCCAUUAUCUGUCUCAGCAGGAUGAAGAUCAAACAAAUCAACAGGGAAUUGGAGGCUACUGACAAAUUGGAGGACGAGGAUGAUGUUAUCGCGGAGCAGGAGGAGGCAGAGAAGGUCAUCACAGCCUUCAAGGAGUUGCUCACCACAGUUACAACGGACUGGGAGGACAAAGAGAACUGCAUUAUUGGUCACGUUACUUUGUCGCCACCCCUUACGUUCAAUUAUGGCAAGGAUGGAUUCAUGGAUGAUUGGGCCAUGAUUGAGAUGUACCCUUCCAUGAUCUCCAAACUCAAUUUUAUCGGCAAUGCCAUCGAUCUUGGCUAUGUUGGGUACUAUGAGCUCAUGGCCUGGAUGUACCCCCACCCUGCCAACCCAAGUUCGUUCAAAUACCCCUGUGACCGUCUCCUACAAUUUUUUGGAACUGUCUCCAACCAGGAGAUGUUCAGGCUGGACCCAAAGACUGGGGACCACAACAACGACCCAGUCAUUAUGGUCCUGAAAAAUGGUAAUGCUUCCAACCUCACUGUCAGCCAGUUGAACACGAUUUGUGCCUUCACUUGUGAACCUAUCAAAGGCAAGCCUGGUGUAGUGUCAAAGGAGGUGACUGUGUUGCUUCGCAACUCUAAAUCGGGCCCAUUCUCAGAACCUGGUGAUUCUGGAUCCGUUAAUGCAAGAAAAACACACCAAGCAAAUAGAUCAACAAAUCUAUUGCUCUUAGUAUUCUCUAAAAGUGGGAGUUUGAAAGUUUGGCUUGUCGAAGGUUAUGCCUUCUUUGAUCUCUCGAGAUGA